AUGUGAAAGGGGGAGGGAAGAAUCACAGGUGAUUUGAGGAUUCCACGACCACACAACACAAGGUCUCUACUGAUGAAUCGCAUCCUGAAGUACCGGCCCCGGUUUUAGACAUCCACCUGACCUUUGAACCAGUCAUGGAGGACACCACAGAGGUGCGUACGGACGGGAACUCCCUGCUUAAGGCUGUGUUCCUGAGUCGACUGCGUCUGACGCGCCUGCUGCUUGAGGGAGGGGCUUACAUCAACGAGAGCAAUGAGCGUGGUGAGACACCCCUGAUGGUGGCGUGCCGGACACGUCACACGGACGCACAGAGUGUGCCCAAACACAAGAUGGUUCGGUACCUGCUAGAGAAUGGCGCCGACCCAAACAUCCAGGAUAAGACAGGUAAGACAGCCCUGAUGCAUGCUUGUCUGGAGCAGGCCGGGGCAGAUGUUCUUUCUCUCCUGCUGGAGAGCGGAGCAGACCCCAGUCUGGACGACCACUCCGGCUCCUCAGCUCUGGUCUACGCUGUCAAUGCGGGGGACAAGGAGGCCCUGAAGGUCCUGCUGGAUGCCUGCAAGGCCAAGGGCAAGGAGGUUAUCAUCAUCACCAUGGACAAGCUUCCAUCGGGACGCCAGCUGACCAAGCAGUACCUGAACGUGCCGCCGCCGCCCGACCUGGAGGAGCGCCUGCACUACACGCCUGGCUCGGCCGCCUGCUGCAUGUCCCCCUCAGAGAUACAGCUCCGCACCCCUCCUCAGGGGUCCUCCGCAGCCUCUCCGCAGCCUGGGAGCCCCCUCUUUGGCCUCAGGGAGCACCAGCACCACGUUGGUGGAAGCGGAACCACCAUCCCCAGUUCUGUAGGUGCUGGUACUUCUCAGCCGGGCUCGCCUACUAGGGAGCCGAGCCCACUUAGAGGUCCAGGGGUGGCGAAGUUACUCCAUCUCCAGCGCCUUCACUCUGAGCCUUGGUUGAAUAUCCCUCCUUCUCUAGGUGUUCAACAAAGCAAGGGCUCUAGCCAGACGGAGGAGCUGCGGGACAUCACCCCAGAGGAAGAGCUCUAUUUCCGGGUCAACGGCCUGGUUUUGUCUGAGUCCGGGAGAGCAGGGCCCGGGACACAUGUGACCGCCGCCCGAAAACAGAGCAUUGAAUCCAAGGAAGCAACUGGGCUGCUGAGGGCUCUGGAGCAGGUGGCUGGGAGUGAGGGAGGCAUUGGCAGCGGAAGGAGGGGCCUGAGUAGAAAGAUGUCUUACGACAGUGCUGCAGCGUCUUCCCACCCAAACCUCUUGCACAGGGGAGAUGGAGGCGGCUACGGAGCCUGCCCCAACUGUGGCGCCCAUGAACCAGCCAUCCCAGUGGAUAAAACCGCCCAAAACUGCUGCCUCCCUAACCUGGCUGUGUCCAGCCUAAAGAACGUAGUUCGCCGCCGCAACAUCGGCAUGGACCACUACAGCUCCGACUCUCAGCUGCCCCAGUUUGGCCACAGGAGCCACCUAGAGUGCAAUGACUCAUCCAGAAGCACUGGGGGAGCUGUAGGAGGGAGUGAGAAGCGAAAGCUGGUCACCAGUCGGUCCUCCACCCUAUCUGGCUCCCGGGAGUCUCUGGAGAGCGCCACCCAGAGGAGAGUCCCAGCAAACCUGGAAAGGAGAGGCUCGGGAGCCCUGCUCCUGGAUCACAUCUCUCACACCCGCCCAGGCUACCUGCCCCCUCUCAACCCACAUGCACCUAUACCAGACAUCGGGUCCAACCUGAUGUCAAACAGCCCCAACCUGAGUGGGAGCACCAAGGCUCUGAAUCUGAAUGGAGGUGUUACAUCAGUGCCGGUGUCCAAACCUCUCGUCCCCUGCGCACCUUCCUUCCCCAGGGAUCUGAAUGCUAAGAUGACACUUUUGAGGAGACACUCCAUGCAGACCGAACAGAUCAAACAGCUGGUCAACUUCGAGGAGCUCCAGUGAAUGGAAUGAUGCCAGGUUCUAUCUGAGCUGUGUAGAAAAAGCCCUGGGCUAGUCAUUGUCAUGACUUUGCAAAACAGCACUAACAGCCCUGGAUCCAGGCUAGAAUGCUAUUAUGUGUCAGGCUACCGUGUUCUGGGCUGUAAUUGCUUUCUAGGUCAAGCACUGUUUGCCUGCCAUGUGACCAUAACAUUGUUAACAAAAAACUAGUGCCUUCUUAUCAGAAGCCUAUUAAUGCUCAUGCCAGCUUUUUCAAUGUGCUUAAUUACACUUCUUCCAGACUUACCAUUCCAUCCAUCUUUGGAAGGACUAGAGGAAUAACGACCAUAACAUCAGGACCGUUGAUAAGAAAUAAGCUGUUUCACUUUGAUCAGUUGACCGAUCUAUCUGUUUGAUGCCAGAGAGCCGAAAUCUCACUUCUCACGUGACAACAGACAGAUGCUUUAACCUUCCAGAGAUGCAUUCACAUGGAAUGAAACAAAAUAAACUUCUGCAGAGCCCUUGAAUCCAAUGAACACUGAUAGAAGAUAGGAUUUUCUCUUCAAAAGGGAGCUAGUCAUACUCAGACAAAAUCAAUUACUCGCUAAAACAGAAAUGGAGUUGGCAAGACUGCAUGACCAUGAAAAUAUGUAUGUAUAGGUUAG